UUUAGUUGUAAUAACUGUGCUGGUUCUAAAUUUUUCCUCUUUAGGUCCAAAAACCAUAUCUUCAGUUUUGUUUUGUAAACGUUGAGGAAAGUCUCGGUUUACAACUCAAUUAAGCGACCAUCUGAUAAUUAAAGAAGAAUUUUCUCCAUUUUUCAGUCUCUUGUUAAAUAUCAGAAAUAACAACAAAAGAAUUAAGUUAUUUAAAAAAAGUGAGAAAACCAAAUAUUUUGCUCUGCAUUCCAGCAAUAAGGUGACAGAAGACUGACUUUACAACUGUCUUUAUGUGGCUCUAAAUGGUCAGGCUAGUUUCUAAUAGUAAUAACUGACUGGGUUUUUCUUUAGAUCCAAAGAUAUUGACUUCAGUUUUGUUUCCAUAAAAGCUGUAGAAAGUUUUGGCACCCCCAUACUAAAUUGAUCAUUUUAGGGCUUUAGCUGCAGUGAGUCCUGUGUUUUUUUACAUGAAUAACUUAGAAGUGACAGUUUUUAUCCAAAUCCUUUUGGACACGAGCCGACUGACUUUCCGACAGUUUUCUAAAGGCACGCGUCCCUCAGGGUGGGGAGGGGUCGCAGGCGGUUGUUGCUUUUGUCCUGAAGGGAACCAAUCAGGCGGCGAACGCGUGCCGGCUCCGCCAUAUAAAAGCCCACCGACUCUUUGAGGAAGCACAAAUUAUUUCCUCUUCACAUUCUGAGCUCAACAAGCCAUGAAGUCUCCUGGAAAGUCCUUGAAUGAAGCUCUGGCCUGCGCUCAGAGUGAACACCGGCUCACUGUUGGCGUCUAUGAAAGUGCUAAGAUCAUGACAGAAGACCCGGACAGCGUGUCGUUCUGCGUCCUGGCCACGGACGAGCAGUUUGAGUGGGACGUGGCGCUGCAGAUCCACUUCACCCUCAUCCAGUCCUUCUGCUUCGACAACGACAUCAGCAUCGUCAGAGUCAGCGACACGCAGCGUCUGGCCGCCAUCGUGGGAGACAAGCAGGAAGAUGUGCACUGCGUCCUCAUUACGCAGAACCCGGCCGACGGGUCUUGGGAGGACCCGGCUCUGGAGAAGCUGCACCUGUUCUGCGAGGAGAGCCGGCGGCUGAACGACUGGGUUCCUGAGAUCAGCCUCCCGGAGCGCUGAACCGGCUCUCUGCCGCUCACCUGAUCCGUUCACCCCUGGAAAUCCUCAUCCCGACCGGGAUGAUUCCGUUUCCGGUUCUUUCCUGGGCGCUCCUGAGGAGCUAGCAUGCCCGGGCUAGCAUGGCGCCGGCAGCGCCGCCACCCCCCACAGCCGUCCGUGCCAAGAUGAGCCUGGUUCUUUCUGCGAACGAGGUCGGGCACGCAGCGGGGGGCGGCACACCGUCGACCCUCAUUCUUUGUGCGGAUGAGGUUUGGAGAGGGAGGAGAAGAGGCGAGUUCUGCGUCCCGUGGUUCCCACGGAGCGAACGUCGCCACGUAGAAGCACGCGCAGCAGGAGAAGAAGCGGUGCUGAGGAAGAAGCGGCCAUCUUGGAAAGAGACUUUUCAGAUGUUCGUCUUCGGCUGAGCGACAUGGCAGCAGUUGCAGUCAGCGGAAAAGUUUCCCACUUUCCAGAAUUGUCUUAAUUCUCUAAAGGUUUCACUUUAGAAGUUUAACGAUGACAAAAAUUAAUCUAGAAAAGUCUAAUCUAAAGGUUUCACUUUAGAAAAUGACCAGAUUAAAUUAUUGAUGAAACCAUUAAAAAAAAAAGCAUUGAAUAAAAUUUGUACGAAAAAGUUUCUGCAAUUCUGAUGUAAAUCGUCAAAUAUUAAUUUUAAACAAUUAAACAAGAUAAAAUUAAUUUUUAGGUGAUUUUGAUUUGUUUUAAAAGGUAAAAUUUAGUUUUUGUAGCAAAUUAAAUAAAAGAUUAGAAAAUUCCUCAGAUUAUUGGGAUCAAAAAUACUUUGCUGAAUAAAAUCUGGACCAAAAAAUUAUUUUUUUUCCCCAACCUGAAAUGUGGAUUUAAAUUCACACAAAAUAUCUAAAAUAUUGUUUAAAAGUCUAAUAUAAAGAUUUCCCUUUAGAAUCUGACUCAACUAAAUGAUAAAAGCAUGAAAAUAAACAUUUUGAUGUUGAAUGAAGUUUGGUCCAAAAAUAAAAAAUACGAGUAAUUUUGAUUUAAACUGUAUAAAUAAACACAUUACUCUUAAAUAACUGCAAUUUAGAGACAAUAACUUGACAUUCUGCCCAGUUCAGAAUAUUUAAUUCUCUAAAAGUUUCAUUUUUUAACAGAGGCAGAAAUAACUGUACUGUAAAAUAUAAUCUAUAGAAAAGUUCAUGUAUUAAAGGAAAAUUGUUUAAAAAUUCCUUUAUUAUGAAGAAAAUUAACUUUUCAUCUAAAACUCAUGAAUACAAAAACAACAUGAAAAAUUGAGACUGCAACUUAUUUUUA